AUGAAUUACAAUAAAUUUAUACUAUUUGGAGACUCAAUUACUCAAUACAGUAAUGAAAUAAAUGAUAAUUUUGCAUUGCAACCUGCAUUACAGAACAGGUACAUUAGAAAAUUAGAUGUAAUCAACCGUGGGUAUAGUGGAUAUAGUUCAGAACACGCUAGGUUGAUAUUGCCAAAAUUACUUGAGUCAGAAUUAAACUCAAAAAAAGACAAUAUUAAAUUGAUGACUAUAUUUUUUGGGACUAAUGAUGGAUUUGAUGAUAUAAAUUCUAUUCAGCCUGUGGAAUUGGAGAGGCAUAAAGAAAACAUUAAAUUCCUACUUCAAUUGGCUUUAGAGAAUAACAUUAAACCUAUACUUAUUGGUCCUAGUCUUCAUGAUCCAAAAAUCGCUAAAGAUGAAUUUUCAAAUCUGGACAAAGGAAGCUUAGGAAGGGACGCAACAACGAAUGAAAGGUAUCAUCAAUACUCCGAAGGAGCUAAAGAAGUUGCUCAAGAAUUUAAUGUUCCUUUUGUGGAUUUGUGGAACUUAUUCAGAAUAGACGGAGGUUGGACCAAAGAACAAUUAUUUGAAGUAAGUGGUGAUAAGGAGCAUUGGCAAGUUGGUACAUUAGCUGACUAUUUAAAUGAUGGAAUACAUUUUACUUCCAAAGCUUAUAGAAUUAUGUUUGAUGGAGUAGUGAAGGCUAUAGAGGAUUAUUAUCCAGAAUAUUUACCGGAAAAUUUACCAACAAAGUUAGUUGGUUGGAGAGAAAUUAAUCCUGAUAAUUUAGAAUCAAUAUUCAAAUAG